UAUUUGUGUAUUAGAUGUCAUUUUCUAAGAAACUAUUGUGAAUCCAAGGUCAUCUCCCAUGUGUUUUAAAAUAUGUGUUGCAUUAUUAUUCUGUCCCAAAUAUUUUUUCCAUUAUGAUUUUAUAUUUGACACAUGAAAUUAUUAGAUACUUUAUUUUUCCAAUAGUUAUUAUUGAUUUCUUGGUUUCAACUCUCCUCUUUUCACAAAUAUAGACCUCAGUUCUAGUCCCUCCCUUUAUCAUGAAAACCUAAGCCUCCAGAUAACCAAGACUAAACUCCACCCCCUACCCACUCCACACAGUGUGGCUUCAGCAUGAGCUCACCCACCAACUCCUUUGCAUUCUGUUGCUGGCACCUGGAAACCUCCCUAACUUUCGUACAAGCUCAAAUAUGUGUUUAGGUGUUUUAGAUAUUCAUGGAAGAAGGAUUUUCCCAUUAUUUAGUUCACAAUAUUCUUUGAGGGUCUCUCCUCACCUCUGACAUCUACUUAUUCCUAGUGAUACCUCUACCUGUUGCUGUCCUUGAUGGCUAUACUCUGGACCCUUUGACCUAGGCCAUGCUUGAUGUUCACUGAAGCUAUAUUUCACCUCUAUGGAAACAAUGAAGAAGUACAGAUAGAUAAUAGGGUUGUGGGGAGGAGAGACAUACACUUAGUGGGGCUUUCCUGGGGUCUUGCCAACCCCUCAUGCCCAACCUUCCCACAAGAAUGGAAGCCAGAGCCAUAUAUUGUCACAUGAAUAUCCACAAAUACAACAAUGUUCCCUAGCUGCUUCAUUCUUUCAGUCAGCCUUUCUGGAAGGCUUCUCCCUAUACAGGACUAACAUGUAUUGGAGUGAAAAUGGAAAUGGUAAUAGUACAAUUAGGAUACAGAUUAGAGCUGAGAAGAUAUAUUAUCCAGGCUCUGGGACUCACACUCUAUUUAUCGUAAAUAAUGUAAAGAUAAACCAGAAAGUAAAGAACUUAAGAAUAUCAACCUGUAGCCUGUAUCUAUCUCCUAAGCCUACCGGAAAAAAAUUAAUGUAUGUAAAAUGCUUAGCACAGUGCCUGACACAUAGCAGGUAAUGAACAGAAUAGUCUAUGUUAAUGGGCUCUCUCUGUACUCUUCCUGCUUCUCCCACCCAGCAUCGUGAUGACCACCUGCUCCACCUUCUUUGCCCUGGGCAUGAUGCCCUUCCUCCUGUAUGUCUACUCCAGGGGGAUCUAUGAUGGGGAUCUGAAGAGCAAGAUACCCUACAAAGGCAUUGUGGUAUCACUAGUCCUGGUUCUCAUUCCCUGCACCAUUGGGAUCUUCCUCAAUGCCAAACGGCCACAAUAUGUACGCUAUGUCCACAAGGGCCGGGGCUCCAAGCUCGUCCUCAGGAAGGAUUCUGCCUCAGGCCAGCCUAGCCUACAAGUCCUGCUGCUUGGAAGCUCAAGGGUUGGCAGCAGCUUUGGGCCUGAGACAAAGAAAAUGUGACAAAGCCAAGGACUAUACUGCGUCACAACUAAUGUAAGAAUGUAUGUCUCCUUUUUAACUCAGAGUAACUUUAAUUAAAAGUAUUCAUCUGAGGAUGCAGAAACAAUCUCAGAUUAGAGCUGGAAGGGCUUUCAAGAUGAAGUUCAGUCCCCUGCCUUAUUCCAAUUUUAUAGAUGGAAUGACUGAGGCCCAGGGAACUUACAUGGCAGAGCCAGGACUAUCAGUCAGGCUCUUAUUCCUGUUGCGUUACACGCCUGCCACUCAAUUCAACAGCAGAAAUGGAGUCCAGUGAGAUCUUCCUCUUGUAGAAGAUACAGUGAACGAUAAGUUGAAAAAUGAGCAAACACUCGUCCCCGCCUUUUUCCACACUUAACCCUUCUAGAGACUUUCAAAUCACAAUUACCCAACUUCUGAUAACUGGCGCUUGGCAGAAGACAUCUGCUCAAACUGUUCCAUCCCUUGCAUUACUUUGUGGAAGGUCACAUUUAGAUAGGCCAAGAUACAGUUUCAAGGAUGCUCUAUUUGGGAUGGCAAUUCAACUAAUACUUUAACUUACCCAUGCCAGGGUUUAUUCAAUUCUAUGCGGUCAGGCUGAUGAACCUCAGCAUGACAUGGUCCGCUUUUACCACAAGCCAUCCACCACCCUUAAAUAAGGGUCGUGCUGUUACAGUGACUCAGCCCGUCCCCCUAUGCUUUUCCCCUCCCUGCUGCUACCGGGAGAACCGCCCCACCUCCGUCUCACAUGUCUGCCAACUUGGCGGCUUCGGCUGCUGUCAGGCUGCUGUGUCUUUUAACACUUCCCUCUGCUUCUGCUGCCUUUUCUCUAGUUCUGCAAACUCCCUAAAUGAGAUGAUCUUCUUAGUUUGGCCAUUCAGCAACCUGUGUAGGCCACCUUUGUGGGCAAAGUGAGCUAGAUCAUGUCCUGGGCCGCCGGCAUGCGGAUGGAUUGGCUGCCUGUGAAUGUACUCUCCUCACAGCUUCCAUCAGCUUUCACAGAGCAGUGAAGUCGGCUGGUGCAAAAAACAUGGUGACCUGUGGAGAAGCAACUACCUAUGGCCUCUUGUCACAGCAGGAGGUUGUGGACAAAUGGCAGGACUGAGAGUAACAGGAAGCUUUGGGAUGGUCAAUUCCUCUCCUUUAGCCGUGAAAAGUAAGAGGAGGUACAAUUUAGUGAGUCAGUUCUUAUAUGCCAGGUGCUGAGCUGUCCACCUCACUCAGAAAGGUUGAGCAACUGAGCGAAGUUUAUGCUCCUACAGACUGGCAGAGCCAGCCUUCACACCGGGGUCACACCAACAUGUGUGCUCAAAACCACUCUACAACCCCAAAGAGUGGAAGAACAAGAGUGAGGGAAUACAGCAGCUGCCCACAGAGAAGAGGAUUUCUGGGCUCAUGGACAAUUUCUGUAGCCCAAAGACCCCUACAUUACCCAUUACACUCUUGAUGGGGACAAAAUCUAUUUGGUCAUUGAGUAGAGGAAAAAUCCAAAAGGAGAAAUCAAUCCAAAUGCAAACUGGACAAUUCAUCAGUUAAGUCUUCCAACACAACUUGAAACAUGUGGUUAUCAAUGAGGUCUGUGAAAGUCCUUCCUAUCCUGGGGUAGAACCACUAGUUGGUACAGGUGACAUUUAAAUGGUUACAUCAGGGGGCACCUGGGUGGCU